CGGCGCGCCAGGUGCGGGGCCUCAGGGGUGCCAGAACUCGGUGCAGCGCAGCCUAGGCAGGGGUCUGGACGCGGCAUCCAGCCCACUCAAGCGGGACUCCAGUCCUGUACGGCUGCCGUGUUAGGACCCUGUCUCCUCUCCGUGGGACUAGCCUAAUCGGGACCCCGUUACCCCAAGAUCCCGUCAGUCAGGAGCCCCGCCCUCCGCAGACCUCCGCCCAGAAUCUCAGGGUUUGUUCUGGAGGAUCCCGUCACUUCAAGGGGAGGUGCAAGUCAGAGCCCCGCCUCCCACGAGGCAUCUUCAACCCAAACCCGCACGUCCUAUUUGGUCUGUCGGGUGAGAAUCUCGUCUUUCCAAGGGGCUCCGCAAGUCGGAAGAACCCUCUCCUGAGGACUCCAGCCCAGACCCUGGUGUCCCACGGGUCCUUCGGGAAGCCCGACACGUCGGGACCCCAGCCCAGGCCUCAUGUUCUGUAAGGUCUGUCCGAUCGGGACCGUCGUUCUCCAUGGGACCCCUGACCCCACCCACACGUAGGCACGCUGAGCGGGGAUCGCAGCCCUCCGUGGGACCCAAUAGGGCCCUUUUAGAGUACAGUCAUCUGUAGCGCCCGUAUCCAAGGAGCCCACUGCGCUGCAGUCGACUCCGGGGCGGCUCAGGGGUCAAGGGCACAAUUUCCUGUGGACACGGAACCCGCCGCCCGGUCAGCGCCGGAGCAGAACCUCCAGCAGGGACAAGCCUCAGCACGCAGCACUGCGCACGCGCGCGCAGCCCAAGCUCCGCCCCCACGGGUGACAUCACGCCACGCCCUCCCUCGGCGAACCCAGUCAAUGUUGAUCCAGCAUUGGUCGCCUUGUGUGAUUCUUCCCGCCCUCCUCUCAGCUUCCGUCUCCGGUUCUGGCGCCCGCUUCGGCUGUAAGGAUGAUCGGAGACAUCCUGCUGUUUGGGACGCUGCUGAUGAACGCCGGGGCUGUUCUCAACUUUAAACUGAAAAAGAAGGACACGCAAGGCUUCGGGGAGGAGUCGAGGGAACCCAGCACAGGAGACAACAUCCGGGAGUUCUUACUGAGCCUGAGGUACUUCCGGAUCUUCAUCGCCCUGUGGAAUGUGUUCAUGAUGCUCUGCAUGAUUGUACUGUUCGGCUCUUGAGAACCCAGAGCUCACCUGCUGGACGUUGAGGCUCCGUGUCUGUUUCUGAUGACUUCAAGAAUAUUUCUCACCGGAAAAUCAAGAGACUUUCCCAGAAGGCUCGAACUCAUCUGGGUGGAGAAUGUCCACUUCCCAGCCACCUGACCCUCAUCAGCUACAGUUCCACAUGUGCUCUGGGGUUCCAGGACAAUGUCAUGCUCCCUUAGGAGAAGGACACACCUAAUUGUUCACUUGUCCUGGCAUCCCACCUCUCCCAGCAUCUCCAGAAACCUGUCCUGGCUGCUGGGUUGACUUGUCAGUGGCUGCUGUAGUUGUAUGAACUGUUGUUAGUCGAUGUGGUCAGGCACUGGAUGCAGGGCUGGCUGUGACAGUGAGCACCCUCUUCUGCACAGCCAGGUCCAUGCUGGCCGACCUGACAGUGGGCCAGAGAGGUCUUGUUUCCAAAUGCUUCCCCCCAUGACAGGGUCUACCUGGGGCAGCCGAAGUCACCCCAGGACUUGAAGGAGCAGGUUCCCUGCCCCUCUUUAGACCCUAAGCUGUUAGCCACAAAGGGUCUGAGUGACAUGUUUGGCUUCUCUGGAAGAGGCCUUUGGAACAAGUUAGCAGACACCUUGCUGUGCUUUCAAGCCGGUUAUUAAUAAAGUGACUUUGGGGCCACCCCUCCAUCAUUGC